AUGAGCAUUUCAAACGACACCAAAAAGCAACAACUUCGAUGGAUCCCCCUUGAGUCCAAUCCUGAGAUAUUAAACAAGAUGAUUCAUAAUCAUGGCGUUGAUUGCAAAUGGGGGUUUAUAGACAUUUAUGGAUUUGACGAUGAUGCAUUGGCUGUGAUCCCACGACCUGCCACAGCCAUCAUCUUCUUGUUCCCAGGAAGUCCAGCAUAUGAUGAAUUCCGGGCAAAAGAUGAAGCACGUCUUGCGUUGAACAAGCAAGCCAUCAGUGACAAUGUCAUUCAUUUCAAACAAACAAUCGAAAAUGCAUGUGGUAUGAUUGCACUGUUGCAUAGCUUGUCAAAUAAUCGCCAGAUCAACGGCGAUGGAUUGUUUAAACGUAUCUUUGAUGCAACUCGCGAAAUGACAUAUGAUAAACGUGGUGAAUAUUUGGAGUCUUGCUCCGAAUUGGCAAACCUUCAUCAUGAAAGCGCUUGCUCUGGUCAGAGUUAUACUCCAGAUAUUGCUGAUCCUUGCUCAAAUCACUACAUUAGCUUUGUAGAAGUAGAUGGAGAAGUUUAUGAAUUGGAUGGUGGUAGACCGCUUCCUGUGAAUCACGGAAAGUGUAAUGAUUUUAUACAGGACACUGCCAAAAUCAUGCAAUCAUUCAUCGAAAGGGACCCAGAAUUCAAUGAAUAUAGCGCAAUUGCACUUGCUAAAUUGAAGGAAUAG